AGACGCCAUUUGAAACGACUUUACACCAAAGGUGUCAUCUGGAAGCAUCCAGGUGGAGAUUCUUCUUCGUCUCAGAUCAGAUCGGCAAUUUUUAGGCUAACGCACGGAGGAGAUGUAGAGGCGGACGGUAACUGUCUCUUCACGGCGUCUCAGAAAUCGAUGAGAUCUUUGGAAAACGGGAGAGAACUCCGGCGUAGGACCGUGAGGAGGUUCUUGGAAGAUCUUAAAUCUGUUAGCGGGGAUGAGAGAAAAGCGAUAGAUGCGGCUAUAAAGCAUCUGUAUUCACCGGAUCUGAAGUUUGGUUGGGGGAUUCACGUUGUUCAGGAGGUUAAGUUAUUGGCUAAGAAGGCAGAUCGUGAAUCCUUGGAUGCAGCCAUUGACGAACUUGUUCAGUUGGUAUUGCAGAGAGAAAUGGCUGCUGAGUCUAUUUACAAAGAGAGAUGUGAUGCUGUUGAUGAUGGUCCUAGUUGGGCAAAGUACAUGUCCAUCUCAGGUUGUCCAGACGACGAAUUCGACAUCAUCACUCUGCAAUAUACAGAGGAGGGUUUAUUAACCGUAUAUGAGAACCGAGCUGGUCAUGCUGCUGCAUUUGGGGAUGAUAUAGCUAUUGAGUGCCUUGCAAUUAAAAGUAUCAAUACACUCCUCCACCACCGAAUCCUCCUCGUCUCUCUUCUCGGUCGGUCGGUCGGAGCUCUGCGUCAGUUAUAG